UUCCACCUCCCUGCUUUUGCGUCAAACCUCGUCUGGAAAUAUUGCCUGCGGACCAGAACCAGCUGGAAAAGUAUUCAUGCACGUGCCCCAAGCGACGCCCGCCGCUUUAAAUUCAAGAGUUACCAACGAUGGGAACCCUGGAGAUCAACUCAAAUCGAUGAGGAGGAGAAGCGUCGACACCGAGGCGGGCCUGCAGCUGCCUCCCGGGUUCCGCUUCCACCCCACCGACGACGAGCUCGUGGUGCACUACCUCCGCCGGAAGAUCGCCGGCCACCGCAUCCCUGCCCCCAUCAUCGCCGAGGUCGACCUCUACAAGCACGAUCCGUGGGACCUUCCAGAGUUGGCUUUGUAUGGGAGCUCAGAGUGGUAUUUCUACACGCCGAGGGAUCGGAAGUACCCCAAUGGUUCCCGACCGAACCGAACCGCCGGGAGAGGGUACUGGAAGGCCACCGGAGCUGAUAAACCGGUGUCGGAUCCGGGGAGUAGCGGCCGGAUUUUUGGGAUAAAGAAAUCUCUGGUCUUCUACGAAGGCAAGGCACCCAAAGGGGUCAAGACUGAUUGGAUCAUGCACGAAUACCGCCUGAUAGAUUCCGAUCAAACAGCGAACAAGAAAGGCAGCCAAAGACUGGAUGAGUGGGUCUUGUGCCGCUUGUACCAUAAGAAGAACAACUGGGACAAGAUGCAGAAAAAGCGAGCAGCUGCAUCCUCUGGAACAGCAAUGGAGUUCUCAUUGAACUCUACCGAAGAAGCAAGGUCAGACAGUCUCUGGACUUCGGAAUCUGAUGUCGAAUUUGGAGAUCGAAUUCAGCCUGCAAGGAUCAACCCAUCUCACGGCGUUUCUAAAGUAAUUCAUCAUCAGGGAAGAGCUGCCGAUCCCAUGAUAAGCAACCUUCAAAUACUGGAAAGAAUGAAAGAAGAGACGGAUUGGCUCAUGGACUUGAACCCUGAAGGAAUUCAGGGUUCUAUGGCAACACUUGGAUCGGCAUCUGAAGCUAAUGUCUCAAAUCAGUAUUAUUGUUCCACUUCAAGUAUGCUGCCAUUUUGGAAUUAGGGAGGGGCACAUUCAUUUGUUGUGUACAUUGGCUAGUGAUCCGUACACCUUCAUGAAGUAAAAUAUGAGAAUAACAAGAGAGUUGGAGAGGAAUUAUUUAAGAUUCUGACGUCAAAUACCAUAAAAUUUAUUUGUUUGUAUUCUCACUUCACAGAGGAUGGUAGAAUAGAUCUAUAUUGUUGUAAAGCAUUUUGUUGGCAUUCUAAGUAUGAUUUUAUUUUGAUGUAAUAUAAUGAUAGAUGCAAGAACUUCAAAAUGUUUCAAGCC